GGCGCGGCUGCUGGCGAGGCGCUCCCGCCGGGCUCGGGCUCUAUCCGGGCCAUUGGGCUGAAGCAGCGAGCGUGGACUUCCCAAGCUCGGGACCCCGGGGAAAGAAAAUAUGGGAUGUAUAAAAUCCAAACGAAAAGACAAUCUGCAGGGAGAUGUGAAGACUGAACCAGUACGUAAAUCUGAACGAACUAUUUAUGUGAGGGAUCCAACGUCCAAUAAACAGCAAAGGCCAGCAACUGAUGAUAUCCUUCUGCCAGGUCAGAGGUUUAUAGAAGCAGAGGAAAAGGAACAUCAGGACCUUGUGGUAGCCUUGUAUCCUUAUGAUGGCAUUCAUGAAGAUGAUCUGUCCUUCAAAAAAGGAGAAAAAAUGAAAAUUCUGGAGGAACAUGGAGAAUGGUGGAGAGCCAAGUCGCUUUUGACCAAGAGAGAAGGCUUUAUCCCAAGCAACUAUGUCGCAAAAGUUAACACCUUAGAAACAGAAGAAUGGUUCUUUAAAGACAUAACCAGGAAAGAUGCAGAAAGGCAGCUUCUAGCACCUGGGAAUGCUCCUGGGUCAUUCCUUAUCAGAGAGAGUGAAACAUUGAAAGGUAGCUACUCUCUGUCCAUGAGGGACUAUGACAGACAACAUGGUGAUGUCGUCAAGCACUACAAAAUCAGAAGUCUAGACAAUGGAGGAUAUUACAUCUCUCCAAGAAUUACUUUCCCCUGUAUCAGUGACAUGAUCAAACAUUACCAAAAGCAGCCAGAUGGAUUAUGCAGAAAGUUGGAGAAGGCAUGCCUCAGUCCCAAACCACAGAAACCGUGGGAUAAAGAUGCCUGGGAGAUUCCGCGGGACUCAAUCAAAUUAGUAAAAAAGCUUGGAGCUGGUCAAUUUGGAGAAGUCUGGAUGGGUUACUACAAUAACAAUACCAAAGUAGCAGUGAAAACUCUGAAGCCAGGCACCAUGUCUGCGCAGGCAUUCAUGGAAGAAGCCAACCUUAUGAAAUCACUUCAGCAUGACAGGCUGGUCAGACUCUACGCUGUAGUUACCAAAGAAGAACCAAUUUAUAUCAUAACUGAAUUCAUGGCAAAAGGGAGCUUGCUGGAUUUCCUGAAGAGUCAAGAUGGUGGGAAAUUACUACUUCCAAAGCUCAUUGACUUCUCAGCUCAGAUUGCAGAAGGGAUGGCAUAUAUAGAAAGAAAAAACUACAUCCAUCGUGAUCUGAGAGCAGCUAAUGUUCUCGUUUCAGAGUCUCUAAUGUGCAAAAUUGCUGAUUUUGGACUUGCUAGAGUAAUUGAAGAUAAUGAAUAUACAGCCAGGGAAGGUGCAAAAUUCCCUAUCAAAUGGACAGCACCAGAAGCCAUUAAUUUUGGCUCAUUUACUAUUAAGUCCGAUGUGUGGUCCUUUGGAGUGCUUCUGUAUGAAAUAAUUACUUAUGGGAAAAUUCCUUAUCCAGGGAUGAGUAAUUCAGAUGUCAUGAUAGCUCUUCAACGUGGGUAUCGCAUGCCACGCAUGGAGGCCUGUCCAGCUGAGCUCUAUGAUAUUAUGAAAACAUGCUGGAAAGAUAAAGCAGAAGAGAGACCAACUUUUGAAUAUUUACAGAGUGUCCUUGAUGACUUCUACACUGCUACAGAAGGACAAUAUCAGCAGCAGCCGUAACAGGAAAGAGGAGGAGCUCCUGCCUCCAAAUUGGUGUGAACCUCUUAAUGGGACAUUGUGGUUGCGCCAGUUACUUUUAUGCAUUAGGAUAUCCUAACUGCUUGUGGAUCCUGAAACUGAAGCUCAAGAAAACGUUGCAGGUGACCACUAUCCAGCUUAAGGCUUUAAUGUCCUCUGUUGCUGGCACUUUCUUUCUAUUUUUCUUAAGUACCCAGAUUCUUUUGACCCACCAGCAGAUCAAAAUCAAACUGGAGACAGCUGCAAAUGUAAUGAAGAGAAACAGCAACAACAACAGUUCAUGACAGCAACCAGAACUUAGCCCCACGUGUUCCAGUCAUGACAUGCAUCUAAAAAAAAAAAAGGUCUGUUUUAGGGCCCAUCUAUAUGCUAUAGUGAUGCAUGAGCUCUUGCCACCUGUUUAUUUUAACUGAAAAGCUUUUGAGGCUGUGGGAGGGGAGGAGGGAGGACUGUAGAGCCAUCGUUUAUUUGCUCAGAAUUGCAUCUUUUGGAAUGGCUUACCCACCUGCAGCGUAGAAAACACAGGAAUGGCAUCUUUCUUGAAUUGGAAACUAGCUUGGAGAGACAACUUUGACGGAAUUAACAGUGGCAGACGAAAUGUUUAACCAGUUUGCCCACUCAUCUCUUCCCUGGUCACCACUGAGGAGCUCAUUCUAGCAGCCUGCUGCAAUUGCUUUUUAUGUGUUUUGCCUUGUAAAAGUGGAUUGGAUGAAGGGGCUUAAACAGUAAAAGCUGCUGUAGUUUCUAUACUUAUGUAAAGAGUAAGGUGGAAUUGGCACAGUUGCAAUGAAGUGAAUGAGACAUCAUAAUAGAGUGGUUCCCCCAACCCCCAGGAGCUCACCAUGAUUUUAAGCAAGAAACCGUCUUUCUGGCUCACAUUACCUCCCUUCAAAGGACCUACCUGUAUAAUCUGAAAUGCAGUACAUUUAUACCUGAUAAUCUAAAGGUAUAUUGCAUAUGGCUUUAUAGUUUGUUUUCAAGUAGGAAUCUGAUAGGGAUUAAAUGAAGUGUAACCUAGAGUCAUGGCAGAAACCUUUCUACCAGUGUGGCUCAUAAAGCUGCCCUUUUUAAAGGCAGCACUUAAUGUUUAAAUUUAAAAAGCACAACUAACACAACAUUCCCAUUGGAAAGUACAGCCAGCUACUAUUAUAACCAAAGUCUAUACAAUUUGUUGCACAUAUUACGUAAGUAGGAUGCGGGGGUGGGGGUGGGGAGACACUUGAAAAUCAGGUUUAAGGGCACUAGUUGUAUAAAGUCAGGAUUGGACUGAAGUUAUAAACAGGAUGCGAUCUCACUACUCUGUGCCUCAGCUUUCUCCAAAAGGGUUGUUUUUUUCUCUAUCAUGCUGAGACUUUUCCAAAAUACUUAUUCACAACUUGGUUACUAUAGGAACAUUGUGAUUCUAACUAUGUUCAGUUGCACAAACCAAUAUUUUUGUAGUACACAUGAUAUUUACUCUUUUUAAAUGAAGGAAUCCAGUUGACAAACUGGCAACCAGGCUGUCAACCUGUAAAUACUGUUUUCAUUUUAUUGUGAUUUUAAUAAAUAAGCAUUCUUGAAAUUUCAAA